CCGCCCCCGAGACGACUGGGAAAGAACUCACCCAUUUUUCCCCCCUCACACCACACCCCGCCUCCAACAUGGCCGACAGCUGGGAAGACGAAGAGGAGCGACUCUCGCAGCAGGCCCAGGGCCUCAAUCUGAACAACGCCAACGCGGGAAACUUCACGCCAGGCGCCGCGUCCUUCACCCCCGGCGCGCAAGCCUUUGUCCCCGGACAACAAUUCCCCGCCUACAACCAAGGCUACGGCGGCCAGUAUCAGCAAUAUGGAGGAUACAACCAAGGCUAUGGCGGCCAAUACGGCUACCAGCAGGGCUAUCCGCAGUAUGCGCAACAGCAGCAGCAGCAACAACAACAGCAGCAGCAGCAAGGCUACCCCAACUAUGGCCAGCAGGGACAACAACAAGGACAGCAGGGCUACCAGAAUCAGUAUGGGGGGUUCCAGCCUCAACAAGCGCAGCAGCAGCGACAGGCUCCUGUAAAGAUCGCAAAGCGAGGGGAAGCCGACGUCUCCAGCGCACAGAGCUCAGCACCUGCCCCAGCUGCUGCUGACCCAACGAAGGAGGCACCGAAAGCAAAGGUCCUGUCCAUCGGUGGCGAUAGCGCGCCAAAGGCAAAAGUUCUGUCCAUCGGCGGGGACACUACAGCGCCCAAGGUGGAGAAAGCUGGCGGCACCAAGGUGCUCUCUCUCGGAACGCCAGCAGCAGCGCCCUCGGCCGCAAAAGAAAAGGCCGACAAGGGAGCUCCGGAAGCUGGAGCCAAGGUCGCAGCCGCGAAGGCGAUCGAGAAGACUGGCGAGCCUACCGGAUCGUCCGCCGCAUCUGGCAGGACUUCGCCAACUCCCUCAUCGGGCCGCAACAGUCCAACACCAAAGGAGAAGGCGGCCGCAAAGGCAAUAGAUGUCGAGAACGAGCAGGCUGAAGUGGUUGAUGAGGCGACAUUGGCUGAGAUAUAUGGCAAAGAGCACGUGAAUAUCAUUUUCCUCGGCCACGUUGACGCCGGCAAAUCAACACUCGGUGGCAGCAUCCUUAUCGCGACUGGUAUGGUCGAUGAGCGAACUCUCGACAAGUACAAGCGAGAAGCAAAGGACGCUGGUCGAGAGACAUGGUACAUCUCAUGGGCGCUCGAUCUAAACAAGGAAGAGCGUGCGCAGGGUAAGACGAUUGAAGUCGGCCGAGGAUUCUUCGAGACCGAGAGGCGACGGUAUUCUAUUCUCGACGCGCCGGGUCACAAGACUUAUGUCCCCAACAUGAUUGGCGGUGCAUCACAGGCUGAUGUCGGUGUACUUGUCAUUUCUGCUCGUAAGGGAGAGUAUGAGACUGGUUUUGAAAAGGGAGGCCAGACUCGGGAGCACGCCAUGUUGGCCAAGACCCAAGGUGUGAACAAGCUAAUCAUUGUCGUCAACAAGAUGGACGACCCUACAGUCGAAUGGUCCGAGGAUCGAUUCAAAGAAUGUACCUCCAAGCUUGUUCAAUUCCUGAAGGGUGUAGGAUACAACCCAAAGACGGAUAUCGCAAUGAUGCCCGUCAGCGCACAGACAUUCACCGGCAUCAAGAAUCGCGUACCCAAGGACCUGGCGCCUUGGUAUGAUGGCCCGUCUCUGCUCGAAUAUCUCGACAACAUGCAGGCCCUCGAGCGCAAGCUCAAUGCCCCCUUCAUGAUGCCAAUCGCCGCAAAGUACAAGGACAUGGGUACUAUGGUAGAAGGCAAGAUUGAGUCCGGUAUUAUCAAGAAGGAGAACAAAUAUCUCAUGAUGCCAAAUCGACAAAUGAUACAUAUAUCCGCUUUGUUUGGAGAGCAGGAAGAGGAGAUCCCCGGCGCUACAUGCGGUGACCAGGUGCGCAUCCGUCUUCGAGGCGUGGAAGAGGAGGACAUUCUCCCCGGAUAUGUGCUUUGCUCGCCAAAGCGCCCCGUUCACUGCGUCUCCCAAUUCGAGGCUCAAGUGGUGCUGCUCGAUAUCAAGUCUAUCAUGACCGCGGGCUUCAACUGUGUGCUGCACGUCCAUGCUGCGCAAGAAGAAGUCACCAUCACUGCUCUACUACACAAGCUGGAGAAGGGUACCGGACGUAAGAGUAAGAAAGCACCGGGCUUCGCUACCAAGGGCAUGAGCAUCAUUGCACGGUUGCAAAUCACGGGCACAGCUGGGUCUAUCUGUGUGGAACGCUUCGAAGACUACCCACAGCUCGGACGAUUCACGCUACGAGACCAAGGUCAGACUAUUGCUAUCGGCAAGAUCACGAAGCUCAUCACGGAUGCCGAUGCUUAAGCCUGUUAAAAGUGACGAGUUACUACCUGUAACCGAGUAAAAGAUAUGAAUAUUACGGUUGGCUUUCGCAUUCUGAGCGUUGAUCGCCUCCGGCCUGGAAAGGCGACAUACAGGGGAUAUGCUAUAGAUCUAAAGCGAUAUGAAUGAGAACACUACUUUCCAUCUACAAAAAUUCGCACUACUUCAGAAUGAAAGAGCAAUUAUUGAAC